CCGAGCAACCGCGUGCGUUGGCAGACAGUACCCGAUCGGGCCGAGCACUUCGCCCGGCACGAGACCCUCGCACGAGGAGUGGUAAAAAAUGGCGACCGAUGACUCUGUUCGGAAGCAGCACGAGGCCUCCCUUGCCGCCAAAGCGACUGGGCGACGGAGAUUCGCCGACGCGGCUACGUUCGGGCAGGCCGUGAUCGCGUCCCUUGGUUUUGCGGCCGGUCUUGUAUUCUAUCACCUUCUCCUGGGGCGACCCGGCACUGGCCAGGGUGUGGGUAGAAAACAAGGGGAAGUCUACCCCAAUGAACCGGCGCGCGAACCGGGAUUACCUUCUCGCGACCCAGCGUUGCGAGGAGAUGAUAAAGCGGAGCCUGGCGACGCGGGUCGCAACCUCCGGGCCAAAACGUUUCUCGACGAGCAGGGCGCUGCGGCGCCGCAGAAUAAGAGCGGCUCAGCCAUGCUUCGGGCUCCGUUUGCAUACGAGCUUCUGCUGGAGCAAAUUGAGCGGAACGAAGCAGAGAUCGACUGGGCCACCGGUGUGCCGGCACAGGAGCCUCCCUCCCCUGCGCAUUCCGUUUCCGUCUCCCCGUCCGGGCUCGUCGAGGGAGAGGCAAGCUCGUUCGCGCAAGCCGCGCCCGAGCACUUCGACGUCGUUGUGGUGGGAUCCGGAGGUGGACUGAAGAUCGCGCACUUCGCACGCGGACUCGGGCUCAAAGUCGCAGUUAUCGAAAAGGGAUUUUGGACCGCGGGCUGGGACGCGCAGACUUACCGCCGCGUUGAGAAGGAUCGAUGGUACUACGACGUUCGAAAGUGUUAUAAUAUGGACGGCUUCUCCCAAUGCUUGCAUCGGCACAGAUACGUAUCAAGUUCAAGGGGGAGAUCCUUCAUCGUUCGUACAGAUCCGCAUAUGCUGUUCAGAGCAAUAAAUCAAUAGCAUCAUAUAAUAUUUUCAAAACAGGCUUCCUGGGCUCGGUGGUACGUGCCUGACCCGCGGCUGUCUACCUUCGAAGAUGUGGAUUCACCAGGCUGAUGCCAGUUUGCGAUGGGAGUACGCAUUGCAAAAGUAGAAGUGCUGUUUUUUCUCUCGGACAUUGAAGCCGAAGAAGUCUUUUCAUGGCAAGUCCAAGCAUGCAGCUGGCUGCUCUGGCGCUCAAGGAGGAUUCAAGGAGGGUUUCAUGUCCUUGCGCCACGGGACAAUACGCUCUACUUUUGCAUUGGAUAAGACCGACCAGCGCGCGAUGUUCAAUGGAACAGAGAAAAAUGAGCAGGACUAUCCGGUGUGAGCACGGUCCACCCAUUCCAGUAAGUGAGAUAUUGUCUUGCCCGAAGCGUGCAUGAAAGUAGAUCUGUAAUCUUUUCGAUUUUCCUGAUCGAAAUUCGCAUCUGGUUCUUCACCUCUCAGACUCUGGCUAUAUGCGUGGCGGACAAAUAACAUGCUUAGCUUUGUUGAAAAAUCCAUGUAAGAAAACAUGGCUAGACCUGGAUUGUCACGGCUCUAUCGGAUGGGUAGGCCUCGCCCAAGCCGAAGCGUGGAAGCGGGGACCCUCGCACCACGGAAGUAAAGUUCGGUAUAUGUACUGGACAGGAAGGUGGGACUCUUGCAACAGUAUAGCAGGCAACCCGUGUUUACCGACCGGAAGCGGCUGGCCGUGUUCGACCCGCACGGGCAUCGUUUGAACGAGGAAGAACGCAAGGAAGGUGGUCCGAAAAAUGAGGAUGAUCCAAUGGCCCGGCCGGAUAACGCCGACGAGCGCUUGCAGAGGGCACGUGAGAUCUUUGACAAGCGUUUGAACAGCUUGAGUGACGAUUUGGGUAGCAACUGGACUAACUUUUUCGCGGGCGACUCCCGGCGGGAGUCGCACCUGUACAUUGGGCACGCAAAGUUCGUCGCGCCCUACGAAAUGAGAGUCGUCAGCACCAUGCCAACUGGCAGCGGCGUCCCGCGGAGUGUGCAGGUUUCGGGUACUUAUUUCUUUCUCGCCCCCGGCGGCCGGCCGCUUAUUCCCGACAUCCCCAACUUGCCCAACGUUCCGUACUUAACAAGUACCGAGGUGCUGCGCCAGGCCGCAGACAGGGCGUGGCGAUGGCCGACCAACGGCAAGACGCUCAUCGUCGGGUAUCGCGUUGAACCGAGGCCCACUCCAAAGCCUGUACUUCGCUGCGCACCUUCAACCACUCACAUGGCAUCCACUUAAGUACGUGCAUUGCGCCAUCGAGAGGAAAGAUUUCUUUACACACUGACCUCGAAGCAAGUGGUCAUAUUGCUCUGCUACUAAGAAAGAAAGAAUUUUUAGAACGAAAGAAAGUCCAUGCUUGCUCUCUUGCAGCGUAAAAAUCGGCUCCAAUAGGCGGAAGCGUAAGAAGCUCACGCUAGCCACGGGACUGCAACCAGGCCAAUAUUUGUUUUAUCGGCGUAAUUUUUCAAUUUACCGGUUUCUGGGGUGGGCUCCUGUUUCUUUGCGGUACCGCUGCCAGUUACAUUGCGGUGGAGCUUGCGCACGCGAUCCGCAUUGCACAUAAAGACCCAGACUCCAAGCCCGUCUCCCUCUUUUGCCGGAGUGAAGUACUUGGAUCCAUUGCAAAUAAAUGGGCACGGCAGCGUAUGAACGAGGCGUUCUUCAGCGAGUGGCACGAUAUGCAUCACAACAUAGACAAGUACACCGGUGUGGCGUACAAACUAUCACACCAAGAAGCGUUGUAGAGCGUAAAAAUGGGACAAAGAUUUGUGGAUAGAAACAUCAUAAUGCAUUCGUAGAAAAUAAGUCCGCUCUAAUAUUAUAAUCACCGUGCAAAAGAGCAGCGAACUUCGAAAGUAAAUGCACGAAAGCUUUUCACCUUUUGACGUCGUUCUACUACGCUCCGGUGUGAUACAAGCCAGACGCCACCGGCAGGAACGUCUUCACCCUAACGUACACGAAAAAGAACGAUCCGACGAAGCGCACGUACCACGUAUCUGGCGACAUGCUCAUCGUGGCCGCCGGUUGGUACAUGAACUCGGACACGCUGGACCUGGCAAAAGGCGGCAUCAAGACGCGAGGUGACCUGGCGAUGGAAGCGGGCGUCACAAAAGCAGCAACGCUGAACGCACUGAACCAGUUUAUCAAAGUCAACCCCGACACACUCGAGACCACACAGCGAGGUGUGUGGGCGCUCGGCGACAUCACCGGGUUUUGGCAGUUUCGCCACGCCGUCAACGCGGAAGCGCAGUACCUAAAGGCGCACGUCAUCCUGCCUCUCGCUCUCAGUUUGUGCGACAAAGCGGAUGCCGAGUGCACGAGCACGGUGCAACAGCGCUCCAAAAAUGCCGCUGUAUCAAGCGCGCAGCCGCCUUUUGGGGAUAACUCUGCAGCAGCAUCGCGCAAAGAAUUUUUGAACAGCUUGCAGCAACCAAAGUGCCCGAAUAUGAAAUUCAAAAGCAAAAGUCGUGCCGGGACGAGUGCAUGAAGUUAUCUUUCAUUUCAUUUGUACUUAACUGCUACUAUCCCACGCUCGCACUCUCUUUGCAGGCAUGACGGUACUUUUAUUUCCAGACUCGCACGGUGCAGCCCCAGCGCGCCACUUGCUUACCCGAAAGACGUCAUUGUUUGCACCACAGUGUAGUUUUUCUUUCUCGCCGGUCUCGUGCUGUGCAACUGGUGCAACACAGAGUCAGAACAUGAAAAACUUGUCUCAUCAUGCAGAACUUUUGUGCGCCGGCUACGACCUGCGUUUGCCUUUUUGCUGCAUACGGACCACGCAGCAAGACAAUUUUCUGGGCAUGCCCUGGGCCGUGUUUUCGGGCGAGGUUGCGGGGGUCGGACGCAUGCCCGACGAUGUAGAGGUUCCAACGGAGGACGGGACUCCGACCCGGCCCUGCGCGAGCGAACGCUGGUUGCUGGGGUCCUCCAGGCAGGUGCAGCCCCGAACCCCCCCGGAGUGUCCCUACGUCUACGGCAUCGUUGAGUAUCCAAAUUAUCCACUGGGCGUCGCGUCCUUCGACAAACACGGCGCUUUGGUUCUCGGAGUGGAGCGGAGCUCGCGACGCAUUGUCUCCGUCCUGGUCUACGGGCACGACGCCGCAGCGGUACUACACUUGUUCCUGCCCACCAUCCAGUACGGCCAAGGCUUGCUCGACACCUUCCUUGACGCCAUCUACGUCCACCCGGCCCUGCCAGAGAUUGUGCGUUACGCCGCAGAGGAUGCCCGCGACGAGCUGUUCAAAGAUCACACUCGCGAUCAGUUUUCGAAUGUGGAAGAGACGAUAGUAGACGAGGAAAUGCACGACUGCAACGUCUGAUAAACGCCGGUCUUCGCUGCAGUCGAGCUUUUUUUUCCAAAGCUUUAUUUCGUGGCGAAGCCGGAUCACUUUCUCCAAUUUGUCUCCGGGAGGGGAUGCUGAGCUGCGCGGUGCCGCACGGUUGCCGCCGCAGAAGGUUGUUUGGUAGCUGCAGGGGGAUUCGACGACCAUCGUGCCCCGGAAAAAUCAUAUGUGAUAAAUUCAUUGCAGAACGUGCCGUGCUAACGCUAAGCAGUGGGACUGUUUUCGUUCUUGAGUAGUACAGUGACGUCGGCGAGAUUUUGCAUCUCGUUUGGACUGAUUUUCGCUUUAAUAUUUCCUGCUGCAGCACAUCUCUAUGCCUUCCAGUCCUCAUCACUAAAGAUGGUGCGUGCCGCUGGAGGAUUAGGAAUAGUACUUACCAUGUUUCUAGAAUUAUGUGUUUCUAAGCGCGGCCGGAGUGUUGCUCGACUGCCGAGUGGCAGUGGAACACGUCGGCUUACGUCGUUCUCUUAUAGAUGCAAAUAUGAUAGACAACGUUGUAGUUGCAAAAUUGCACAUAUAAAGAUGAUGGGCAACUUUUUUAAACAAGCGCAGCGCAUUAUUCACACCGAGGAAAAAGUACAGAAGAUUUGACCGGUCGAAUGCUGGUCGGACCCGCGUUCAUCAAUCUCGCAUUCAGGUGGCACCGAAGCAGAGAAGACGAGCGUGGACAGAUGUCUUAAGC